GCGCGCUCUCAAGGUUGAUGGAAGUCACGUGAAACUUCCGCAUCUCUAGGCCACGGAGCAAGAUGACGCCCAACUCUCAAGAUACGGAGAGAGAAAUUUUGUAUACAGCUAUCAACACUUUGCUGUCUUCAUUGAGAGACAUUACAAUUGCAAACUGCAUUGUUGGUCUCCUGCAACAUGACGGCAUGAUUUUCAAUCCUCUCUUUUUCCUUUGCAUCUUCCUUGCAUCGCUGUCGCCAGCUCUCUCCGAUGCAGCAGAGUACCAUGAACAGCUAGUCCUCCGCCCUCUACCCCCUUCCUCCCUCUUAGGAUCGUUUAAUUUUCGCAGCAAUUCGUCACUUGAAGCUUUUGAGCACCAGAAUUUCCGAUAUUUCCCACGAUCUUUAGGCCAAAUCCUCCAGCAUGCCAGCACUAAGGAGUUGCAUUUGAGAUUCACCACCGGUCGGUGGGAUGCGGAGAGCUGGGGCGAGAGACCGUGGCAUGGCUUUAAGGAGGGCGGUACAGGGGUUGAAUUGUGGGCAUGGAUAGAUGCAGAUACGGAUGAAGCCGCCUAUUCCAAAUGGAUCACUCUAACACAGUCCCUGUCCGGCCUCUUCUGCGCGUCGUUAAAUUUUAUUGAUUCUACUCGAACAACUCGACCGGUAGUGACGUUUGAGCCUGUGGGAAACCAUUCGUCCAGACCGCUGCAUCUGCUGCAUGGGACGCUUCCUGGUGAGGUCGUAUGUACGGAGAAUUUGACGCCGUUCCUGAAAUUGCUUCCCUGCAAAGGAAAAGCUGGAAUUUCAAGUUUGUUUGAUGGCCAUAGACUAUUUGAUGCCUCCUGGCAGAGCAUGUCUAUUGAUGUUCGCCCCACCUGUCCUGAGGAUGCAGAAGCAUGCCAGGUUGAAAUUGAACAAACAAUAGAUAUGGUUUUAGAUGUAGAGAGAUCGAAGAGGCCAAGAGAUAAUCCCAUUCCGCGCCCUGUUCCCGCGGAACAGCUAGUCUGCGAUCAAUCCAAGCCUUACAACUCCCAUGAUACCUGCUACCCAGUCGGCAAAAGUGCAGAACAGGGGUGGCGUUUAUCAGAAGUGUUUGGCCGUAAAAUUCCAGGUGGAUGCCCUUUAACGGAGGAAGAAGAAAAUCAAAGACGACAUGUGUGUAUCAAAGUUCCCAACGACUGGGACGUACUAGUCACAGCUGGCGCGAUCGAGAGAAAGUCUCCUGACGGGCUUUCCCGUUGCUACUCACUCCUCGACGAUUUCCCUUUCGACCUAGUUCUACCAGCUCAAAAACAGCCUUCCGAAGUACCCUUGGAGCAGCCUAACCUUCACGCAGAGCGGACGAUAACCGGCCACGGCCAAGAAAGAGGUGGCAUGCGGUCAAUCUUGACAAACCCGUCCCAAACCAACCCAGUUGAAUUCAUCUACUUCGAGACCCUCCCCUGGUUCAUGAGGCCUUAUGUGCACACUCUUAGCGCAAAAGUCACGAACCAAAACGGCACAGACGUUUCCAUUGCGGCCUCGGAGAUCAUCAAGGAGGUGUUCUACCGCCCCGCCCUCGACAGAAAAAGGGGCACGCAACUUGAACUGAUACUUUCGGUCCCUGCCGCAUCAACAGUAACACUGAUUUACGACUUCGAAAAGACCAUCCUCCGCUACACCGAGUACCCACCCGAUGCCAAUCGAGGAUUCAACGUCGCCCCCGCAGUUAUCAGAUUACUCAGUAGCCGGAACGCCUCGGAGGUAGAAGUAAAAUCCGGCAAUUCGCAGUUGCAACCCCCAAUCUACCUGCGCACGACAAGCCUACUCUUACCACUCCCCACACCCGAUUUCAGCAUGCCAUACAACGUGAUUAUAUUAACUAGUACGGUUAUAGCGUUGGCGUUCGGGAGUAUAUUUAAUAUUCUUGUUCGCCGUCUUGUUGCUGUCGAGGAGGCACCGGAGUCCGGGAUCAAGGCGAAGAUUUCGGGCUUUAUUGUUGCGGUGAAGGAUAGAUUUAGAGGGAAGGUGGUUAAAGUAGAAUAGUAGUGUAUCUUUCUUGCAUGUUUUGUAGGCACCGUUUAUAUUAUUACAUGUUUAUUUUUAUUUUAUUUCGGCAUUUAUCGCGUGUAUUCCGAUUCUUGAUAUCAAACCUUUGUGAACAAUAAAUAACCACUGCAUUUUGCAAACUCAAAUGCUACCGGAUGUGGUAUAAGCGUUCCCUCCGGUCCUUGGGGAAACCGGUGUAGUAUCACAACACCAGGCGGACGCGUCAUUGUAAUUAGUCUUCUCAUCCUUCCACUCUGAAUACCAUCGAUCUAACAAUGCCUGUAGCGGUUCGUACACUGGCAACGAAAUGAGCAAUCGACUGUCCACUCGAUGUUAAAACAGCUUAUGUGGGUAUAGUAAAUAAUUCCUGAAGUGUGGAAUAAUAGAUGGACGAUGUUUUGGAGCACAACCAAAAAUAAGGAAUGAUAAAAGGCAAAUUAUAAAAACCAGGAAAAGGCGGGGAGUUUUUAAUGAUGGAAUAAAAAUACUCCAAAAGUGGUAAAAAUAAAGGGGACAAAUAGGUCAUUGGCGUGGUCUGGUCUGUUCCAAGCAACCAGCGGGUAGAGUCUAAUUUUCAGUAUAGGGGGGAAAAGCCACAUACGUGCCA